AUGACCAUUAUAUUAAGGUAUCGUAAAAAUAUUUUAUCUUUGAUGGACGAUCUUCAACACGAGCCUUUUUCACCGAUGACACACGAGGAAAACGAGAUCCGUAGAAAAUUUAACAAAAUGAACGAGAGGACUUCGAUUUGUUACACAAUUCUGGUCUUAGUUUCGGCGACAUGGAUAUUCGUGAGAUCGUUCUUCACGGAUUUCAAAAAGAGAAAACUGACUUUUCGAGCUUGGCUGCCGUACGAUUAUUCGGAAUUGUUACCAUUCACGUUGAGUUACGCUCACCAAGCGACAACUUCAAUGUUCUGCUCUUGUCAGAACAUUUCAUGCGACACUCUGUUCGGUGGUUUUUUGGUACAAAUUUAUUGCCAAUUCGAAAUACUGGAGGAACGUCUGAAAAAUGUUCAACAAGACGAGUCUAAUUAUUCGGUGAAACAAUGCGUUAAACAUUAUCACCAAAUAUACAAAUUCUCUAGAACGUUGAACGAGAAAUUCAAGGUAAUACUCUUCUUGCAAUUUUGCGCGAUCGCGUUCAUACUCUGUUUCAAUCUCUAUCGAAUGACCACUAUAACGAUGAUUCCUAAAUUAUUGGAAGCGUCUCUAUAUUUAAUUCGCGUUUUAGUUCAGAUAUUGUACUAUUGUUGGUUCAGUAACGAAGUCAAAUUAAAGAGUCUCGAGGUGCCUGGCAUGAUAUUUAAAAGCGAUUGGACAUCGUGGGAUGACAAGACGAAAAAAAUCUUUCUAAUAAUCAUGACACGAGCGACACAACCUUUCGAAUUUACCAGUGGCUAUUUGGUGACGUUGAACCUUGAAUUUUUCGUGGCGCUAAUAAAAGCUUCGUAUUCCGUCUUUAAUUUAUUGCAACGAACUAAAUGAAGAUCUUAAAAUUAUUUAUUCCAAUCGAAACAGAUGUAUGUAGCGAUA